AUGCUGAUCGCUAAGACACUGCUGACCUUGGCUUUUGCCAUAGUCUUUCGUGGUCUCAAUUCACAAGUUCUACAAGACGCUCCACCAGACAAAUCAUCAGACGAUGAGGAAUCGAAGUUCGUGGUGCAGAAGGACGCUCGAUUGCCCUACUCGCAGCUGACAGUCGAAUUACCGGCUCGUCACUCCGCAUAUGACCAGUUUAUCGCCAAAGUCGUCGACAUCACACCCGCAGUUGAAACCUCAAUACGCGAUGUGAAUCGAACGUUUCUUGAAUCAGUCGACUCUAAGCGUAUUAUCCGAAUCCAUUCGCUACAUCCUGGUCACACGUACAGUGUCUCCGUAAUCGGUCGACGAGAAGAAAACUCGUCCUUGAUUGAGGCAACCGAGAUCACAAUGGAUCCACGCACUCCACAAUUUAACACACAGGACAUAGAAAUCUCAAUGAAUAACAUCACCCUGAAGGCGCAAAAAUUGGAGAAGAAUGUGCAGGAUUCGUUCUUGGUGGAGUAUCGUCAACUUGAUCCUGAGCAACGGUAUCCCGUGCUGGAAGUGCUUGACAUACCAGAGCAAAAGGAUCUGGAAGUCUACCUAGGUAACCUCAACCCCGGACGCGAUUACCACGUGCAAGUGACUGCCACAAGGUCUGGGCUCAAAAGCCGGCCAUGGACAACAACUCUGGCAACAAUGCCAAGCCCAGUAUCAUCCAUGACGGUGUCUGAAAACGGUACCUCUUGCCUGACUGUGGAAUGGAGUAUGUCAUCAAACAGUGGAGCAGAUUCGUUUAUACUUCGCUACUCUCAGCUACAUUCGGACUUCAUCAACAGCGUGACAUUGCAACAAAAGGACCGAUCGAUCCAUCUUUGCGACGGCAUUUCACCCGGGGUCGUCUAUAAAAUAUCAGUGGCAGUGAAGAAACGGAACAGCGUGUCUGAAGAGAAGACAGUGAUUUACACUGUGCGACCUUUGGCUCCAGCUGAUUUUAAGAUAUCUCCUGACAUCACUAAGGGAAAGUAUCGGCUGAUAGCCGAGCUGCUACCACAAUCACAAUACGAUGGGUGUCAUGUAGCAGUGGUCAGCGAAACGCUGGAAAAGAUUGAAGCCGAAGGAGAUCUGAGUGGAGCAAAGGGCAAUCAAAGCUGCCAUGCUCUGUUAUCACUUGUUCCUGGUGAACGCUUCGAGUUCACGCUCUCAACCCACUCGAACAAUGUCACCAGUCCUCGGCUUCAUCGCAGCGUUGUGCUUCCUCCAGCUUUCAAUAUGACUGGCUUUGGUCUCAACUUGCAGGAAACAAAGACAGGCCUGGAGCUUCUGUGGCCACAGAGUGAUGUUUUCAUGUCGAGGAUGAAGGACAUCUGGAACAAAGUUGUGGGUCUCGAAUCGAAACUGCAGAUGCGCCUCUUUCCUGCCAAUGCCACCGGUAGCGAACAGCGUCUUUCCAGUGACCCACUCCAUCCGACACCACUUGUCAUCGGGUCAUUGACAAAGGGAUCUUGCUAUAAGAUCCAAAUCUUCACUGUCACCAAGUCCGGCAUCGUAUCAGAGACGCGUUUUAAUGAGUACUUUCGCCUUUCCGCUCCUCCAGUCAACGUUUCCAUCAACGCCAUCACCCGAACUUCGGCAGCUAUUCAAGCCGUGCUCGUAGCUGCCGAUGAAGCCGAUCGUGAAUGCUUUCUCAACAUAGUGGUGCUGGAUAUGCAUGCGCAUGUGGUUUUGGAUAAGACCUCUCGUCCCCAAAAUGCUGGCUUCCCGUCGAUGGAGCUGAAUGGACUGCGACCUUAUCACAAGUAUACGGUAAACAGCAAGAUGACUUGUGCAUCUGGACCUAGCGAUUGUGCCCCUGCAUCGCGCUCUAUGCGACAGCUAACAUUUUCGACAAUGCAGGACCGACCGGGACCAGUUCUCUCCCUUUCGGCUCGGCCACUGAAUCCAUAUUCUGCGAAGUUGAGCUGGCUACCACCAGCAUUGCCAAAUGGAAUCCUGACCCACUACAUUGUCGACAUAACCUCUGAGGAUGAAGCUGAAGCACCGCGAUCGCUGAAUGUGGGUGUAGGAACCGAUAGGGCAGAUCACUUUCUGGAGACCGUUGUUGAUGGACUGUAUGGAGGAGAACGCUACAAAUUCGUCGUCCGAGCUGCAACAGAAGCUGGUGCCGGUGAUUUGCCAUCAACACCAGUAGAGCCGGUGAAAAUGCCUAUCAUGGCACCACCUCAAACAAAUUUGGUUCCCACAAUCGCAGCAGAGUCAAUCACCAGUCAUUCUGUGACGAUCAAGUACUCGGCAGCGAUGUUCGAUGCAAAGCAUGGAAAAAUCAUCAAAUGCGCUCUACUCGUGGCUGAGGUCACUGAUGACGGACGGAUUACCGAGACCUGGAUGAAUUCGGAGAAUGUCACCUACACAUGGAUGCAAGUUCAACGAUUCGAUGUUUGGCCCCUGUACACCGCAGUAGUUGACGAAUCUACUCCUAACCCAUCUUCUAGCGGAGUUCUAGCUCAGUCUGUCGGUGUCGACCAGUCGUGCGAAGACCUGCCAGCAGACGCGGUGUGCAACGGCCCGCUCAAGCCUGGGACGAACUACAAGUUCAAGCUGCGGCUCUACACGGCUCCGAAUCUGUUCUCGGACACGAACUUCAGCCAGGUUGUCAGCACAGAGCCAUCUCCUCGUGGCGCUGCACUAAAACUUAUUGCAUUCCUACUGCUAAUCGUCGUGCUCAUCGGUGUGCUGGGAGUACUGUUUACCACGUACUGGAACCGGUCCAAGAAAGCUAGAGCCGCAUACGCAUCGUCGAAAGAAUCGCAGUGGGCUGCACUCAAAAUGAUAAUGGCCGAGCGAGCAGCCGACUGUCUGGCUAAGCUGGGACUUGACGGCUCCAUGCACAAUGGCAGUCUCUCCGCUGAACCAAAUCAUCUUCAGCCAUCUUUCGGACAUCACCGCAGAUGUCGAAGUUUGCGAGAACGAACUGGCGUCGAUCAUCGUCUCGAGCGGUUGCCAAGUGGACCUAUUCAUAAGACUCCACUAUAUACAGUGAUGACGGGAGUCAAUACUAAUAAGAGUCGCCCGGUGAAGAUUGCCGAUUUUGCUGAACACGUGCGAAUGAUGGCUGCUGACUCAGAUUUUCGCUUUUCGGAAGAAUACGAAAUUCUACGAAACGUCGGAUGUGGGCAGUCUUAUAACGCAGCCGAACUUCCUGCAAACAAAGCCAAGAAUAGAUUCACCAACAUCUUACCGUAUGACCAUUCCCGUGUGAGAUUGACUCAGGUUUGUGAUCAGGAAGGAGCUGACUACGUCAACGCUAAUUACAUGCCGGGGUUCUCUUCCCGACGAGAAUUCAUCGCUGCCCAAGGUCCUCUUCCCACAACUAGAGAUGCAUUCUGGCAGAUGGCUUGGGAACAAGGUUGUCCGGCUAUCAUCGCCUUGACGAAAUGUGUAGAAAAAGGACGAGAUAAAUGUCAUCAGUAUUGGCCGGAUAAUGAACAUUCGAGCGUGGUCUACGCUGAUAUUGAAGUGACGGUGUUGAGCGAAUCUUCUUUUGAUGAUUUUACGGUGAGAGAACUUCGUAUGAAGAAACUUCACGAAGCAACUCCACCAAGAAUCAUUCGCCACUUCCAUUACAUGGCUUGGCCAGACUUCGGGGUUCCGGAGCAUCCAGAAGGCAUCAUUCGGUUUGUUAUGAAGUAUCGUUCGAGAAUACCUCAUUCACCACAGAACCGGCCUACGAUAGUGCAUUGCAGUGCCGGCGUGGGAAGAUCGGGUACAUUCAUUGCAAUUGAUCGUCUUUUGCAAACGAUACAAAUCGAUCGACCAAUCGAUGUUUUCGGAAUUGUGCAUGAGAUGAGAUUAGAACGAUGUCAUAUGGUGCAAAACGAGCAGCAGUACAUCUUCAUCCACCAUUGUAUUCUACACGCCAUUGAGACAAUGUUGCACAAUGGCCAGCAAGCUGCGCCGCCCUCGGAUUUGCACCAAAACCCCGUGUUCGAAGACGACGACACCAUAGCGGAGUCGGAUUUCUAGCGCCUUUCCCAUAGAAAGACAAGUUUUUGGAGAGUAGCGCUCUAUGUCGACACAGGUCCAAGCCUUUCAGUUUUGAUCAGCAACUGCAUUCUUGCGUAUUUGUAUGUUACGCUCUCUUAAACGGGUUUCUCGGUUCAAAACAUCAACUAUUUCUUUAUAUUCUAGUUUAUCUCUAUUCAAGAUUUCAAUUUUCUUUCCGUUGAUCACGACUUCUUCGCGAAUUGACCUCAUAUUGAAUGUUUUAUGGAUUGUUAACACAGUGCAAACGGGUUCCAAUUAGACAUUUUAGAUUUGCUAAAGACUUUUAUUGAUCGAUUCAUUUUGCUAUGUUUGUAUAUCAAGUGCCUUUUCAAGGAAUAAAAUCUCUCAA